UCAAUUUAUUGGAUAAUGCUCGUAUCAUUAUCUCCAGCAAGGAGUAGCUAAUAGCUAUAUAAUAUCGCCCACAAUCGUUUAGCAAGUAGUCAUGAAAACAGCGAUGUUGCUGUACGUAGCUAUCGUACUGGCACUAUUGCCGUUCAGUGAGCAGAGCGACAAAAAGUCGUUGAAUAUUUUAGGAAUAUUUCCUUACGAAGGAAAAAGUCAUUUCUUCGUCUUCGAGCCGUAUUUACAAGAAUUAGCGAGAAGAGGACACAAUGUUACAGUGAUAUCGUGCUUCCCGAGAGAAACUCCUAUGAAAAACUAUAACGACAUAAGUUUGGCCGGAAAGAGCCGAAUUUAUGAAAGUGUGAUUGAAAUAGAACAUUCCUAUGCAACAGUGUUUAAAAUAAUAAACUUUAUAAUAGCUGCCGGUGUACAAAAUUGUAAAGUGAUGCUUGAAGAUGAAAAUGUGCGGAAUCUCUGGGAAAAGAAAAUGAAGUUUGAUUUGGUGGUAACCGAGCAAUUUUCUACUGAUUGUGGCCUGGGAAUAGCUUACAAGUUGGGAGUGCCAGUGGUCGGUCUGACUUCUCACUCAUUCCUACCCUGGCAUUACGACAGACUUGGGAUUCCGGACAAUCCCGCUUUCGUACCGUCAGUGUUCUUCGGUGGUGCAACGACGCCCACGUUUUACCAAAGAGUGGAAAGAACAAUUUUCAAUACAUUUUUAAAGAUUUACUACAAAUAUACAUCCCAAAGACCCAACGAAAAAACUUUAGCGAAAUACAUAGAAGGCAUACCACCUUUGGAAGAACUGGCUACAAAUAUCAAAUUUCAACUUCUGUACACUAACUUCGUAUUGUUUAGAUCUUCCCUAUAUCCCUCAAAUGUUAUACAAGUUAAUGGAUAUCACGUGAAAAAAGCAAAGCCUUUACCUGAGGAUUUAAGAAAAUUCAUAGAUGAAUCCGAACAUGGAAUUGUAUUAAUUAGUUUUGGGUCGAUGUUGAUGCCUUCAUCAGCGCCUGAUUACGUGGUAAAGGCAGUGUUGGAUGUUGCGUCAAAGCUUCCCCAGAGAAUAAUUUGGAAAUGGGAGAAAGACACUAUCCCUAACCCACCAAAGAACAUUUAUAUUUCCAAUUGGCUACCCCAAAACGACAUUUUAGCUCAUCCUAAAGUACUAGCUUUUUUCUCGCAUUGUGGACUACUGGGAACAACUGAAGCAGUUUACCAUGGAGUUCCAAUAGUAGGCAUGCCAGUAUUCGGCGACCAGCCAUCAAACGCAGCAGCCAUUGAAGAAAGUGGAUUUGGAGUCCAAUUACAAUUGAAUGACGUCACAGAAAAGAACCUUCUAGAAAAGCUCAAAAUUGUUUUAGAUCCAUCAUUUAGAAAGCGAGUGAAAGAACUAUCCAGAGCGUGGCAUGAUCGACCAUUGUCAGCGAUGGACACCGCUAUCUAUUGGACAGAGUAUGCUGCAACGCACAACGUGACGGUCAAAGCUCCAGCAACUACCGUUCCCUUAUACCAGUACUAUAAUUUAGAUAUCUUAGGAACUCUACUGUUAUUACUUCUAAUCUUAGCUUACAUUGUAAUUCGAAUAAUAGUUUUAGUUAUUUCAUCAAUAUUCGGAGCCAAACCGUCAACGAAGUCAAAGAAACCUAAAACAAAUUAAAAAUUACUUUUUUGUUUGUUAUAUUUUAUACAAAAUAACUGUGGUGACUGAGAUGUUGUGUGAAUCUGAAUAGC